AUGGAAAAAUCCAAAAAUUUCCGCAUCGACGCGCUGCUGGCCGUGGACCCCCCGCGAGCGGCCUCGGCGCAGACCGCGCCGCUGGCCCUGGUCACCUCGCUCGCGGCCGCCGCGUCUGGCCCGGGCGGCGGCGGGGCCAGCAGCGGGGCGAGCGGCGGCUGCAGCCCCACGUCUUCGGAGCCGCCCGCGGCGCCGGCCGACCGCCUGAGAGCCGAGAGCCCGUCGCCGCCGCGCCUGCUGGCCGCGCACGGCGCGCUGCUGCCCAAGCCCGGCUUCCUGGGCGCGGGCGGCGCGAGCGGCGGGCCCGGGGGUCCGCACCACCACGCGCACCCGGGUGCCGCCGCCGCCGCCGCCGCCGCCGCCGCGGGGAGCCUGGCGCUGGGGCUGCACCCGGGGGGCGCGCAGGGCGGCGCGGGACUCCCUGCGCAAGCGGCGCUCUACGGUCACCCGGUCUACGGUUACUCGGCGGCGGCGGCGGCGGCGGUCCUGGCCGGCCAGCACCCGGCGCUCUCCUACUCGUACCCGCAGGUGCAGGGCGCGCACCCCGCGCACCCCGUCGACCCCAUCAAGCUGGGCGCCGGCACCUUCCAGCUGGACCAGUGGCUGCGCGCGUCCACCGCGGGCAUGAUCCUGCCCAAGAUGCCCGACUUCAACUCCCAGGCGCAGUCGAACCUCCUGGGGAAGUGCCGCCGGCCGCGCACGGCCUUCACCAGCCAGCAGCUGCUGGAGCUGGAGCACCAGUUCAAGCUCAACAAGUACCUGUCCCGGCCCAAGCGCUUCGAGGUGGCCACGUCGCUGAUGCUCACGGAGACCCAGGUGAAGAUCUGGUUCCAGAACCGGCGGAUGAAGUGGAAACGCAGCAAAAAGGCCAAAGAGCAGGCGGCGCAGGAGGCGGAGAAGCAGAGGGGCGGCGGGGGCGCGGGCCGGGGUGGCGCCGCGGAGGACAAGGGUGAUGAGGGGCUGCUGGGGCCGCCGGCGCCGGGGGACAAGGGUGGCGCGCGGCGCCUGCGGGACUUGAGGGACAGUGACCCGGAGGAGGACGAAGAGGACGAGGACGAAGACCACUUCCCCUACAGCAACGGCGCCAGCACGCACGCCGCCUCCUCCGACUGCUCCUCGGGGGCCGACUCCCCGCCCCCAAGGCCCGGGCACCAGCCCCCGCCCCAGUAG